UUCUUCCAGGCGCCGGAAGGCAACCUCACGUCCGGCUCUUUGCAAACGCUCCUCCUGCUGCCCGGCGGGCCGAUGGCUGUGGCCGAGGUGGGCGUUUGCAGCAGGCGGUUGUUUCUGCAGCCCCGAAUCGUUCUUUUCGGAGACUCCAUCACGGAGUUUUGCUUCCAAGAAAAUGGAUGGGGAGCGUCACUUGCUCACCGACUGGCUAGAAAAUGUGACGUUCUGAAUCGUGGAUUCUCUGGCUACAACACCAGAUGGGCCAAAAUUAUUCUUCCAAGACUGAUUCACAAAGACUCCAGUGCUGAGAACACUUUGGCAGUAACAGUCUUUUUCGGAGCUAAUGACAGUGCUUUAAAAGAUCUGAAUCCUAAGCAACAUGUUCCUCUUGAGGAGUAUGCUGAUAAUUUGAAAAGUAUGAUACAGUAUCUAAAGUCUGUGGACAUUGCAGAAGAUAAAAUUAUUUUGGUGACACCCCCACCCCUUCAUGAAGCAUCAUGGGAAAAAGAGUGCAUCGCCAAAGGAGGAAGAGAAAGGAGAAUGAACACUGGACAUGGAGCUGACAUGGAUGACUCAGGUGAGAAAUUAAACCGUCUCAACGCCACUACUGGGGAGUAUGCCAAGGCAUGUGUUAAAACAGCCAGAGAUUGUGGCACUGAGGUUGUCGAUCUGUGGACGCUCAUGCAACAAAAUAAUCAGGACUUUAGCCGUUACUUAUUAGAUGGACUUCACUUAUAUGGAGAAGGAAAUAAUUUUCUGACCAACCAGCUUUGGUCUAUCUUGGAACAAAGGACGUCAGCGCUGCCUUGGCUUUUGCCUUACUGGCGUGAUGUCGACCAUCUCCAUCCGGAAAGCAGUUUCCUAGAGAGUCCACUAGAGUAAUCAAAGGGGAAAAAAACUUUACAUUCUUGACUAGACAACCCUGAUGUGUUUUAUAUGUGCAAAAUAAAAUGUCUGUUUUACAUAGUGAA